CUGCGCGUAAAGCGGACAGCUGAUAACUCAUCUAUUAUGCUACUUGGCUAAAUUGAAAUCAUCUCGCAAAGUGAGCGGAGGCCGCCGUUGGACUCUCCGGAGGACCGAAGCCCAAAGCUCACGGGGGGGGCGGAGCCUGUCCCGGCCGACUACCCCCUGAACUGGUCGCCAGUCGGUCGCGGGGCGCACAUAGAGACAGACGACCACCUGGACCCGCGUUUACACCGUCACUGAGUGGGAACUGAACCCACGCUGCCCACAUCAAAGUCAGGCGGAUGUACCACGACACCAUCAGCGACGAGCUGUGCAUUCAUGUGAUCGGUUAAUUGUUGCACCUCUACGUAACGAAGUCAUGUUCUGUCGUACGAUGGGAGUUUGUCUCCUGGAGGGAAACGUCCAGCUGAAGAAGCGACGCAACUGACGCGCACACGCACGCACCCUCGUAACACAGAGGGCCUUUUUCCAAUUUCCACCUCGCGGUCAGACGCUGCCUUCCCACGCCGCAUUAGCGCGUCGCCGCCGCCGCCGUCGGCCACCAUGUCGGACGCCCCCGAGGCUGCCCCGCCCAGCCCCCCCGCCCUCAGCAACCCGCUGCCGCCCGAGGUCACCAACCCAACCAAGCCCGGCAGGAAGACGAACCAGCUCCAGUACAUGCAGAACGUGGUGGUGAAGACGUUGUGGAAGCACCAGUUCGCGUGGCCGUUCUACCAGCCCGUGGACGCCAUCAAGCUGUGCCUGGCGGACUACCAUAAGGUGAUCAAGAACCCCAUGGACAUGGGCACCAUCAAAAAGCGUCUGGAGAACAACUACUACUGGAGCGCCAGUGAGGCCAUGCAGGACUUCAACACCAUGUUCACCAACUGCUAUAUCUACAACAAGCCGACGGACGACAUCGUGCUGAUGGCGCAGGCGCUGGAGAAGAUCUUCCUUCAGAAGGUGGCACAGAUGCCUCAGGAGGAAGUGGCGCUGCUCCCGCCCGCCCCCAAAGGCAAGAACAAGAGCAAACAGCUUCCUGCUGCGCCCACCACAGUGAGUCAGCAGGCGGAGUCUUCGGUGUCGCCCCCCGCCUCCUACCCCUCCCCCUCCCAGACGGCCGUUAUUUCCGCCACGCCCACAAAUGUCCAGGCCACGCCCCCCGCGCCGCAGCCGCCGGCCGCCAUGAUGCCGUCCGCGCAGCCCGUGGUCAAGAAAAAGGGCGUCAAGCGGAAAGCCGACACCACCACGCCCACCACGUCGGCCAUCUCGGCGGGCCGCGCCGACUCGCCCACGGCGCAGGACAUCAAACCGGCAAAGCUGGCCUCGGCCCGCCGCGAAGCCGCCGCCCGGCCCGCCAAAGCGCGGCGGGAGACGGGCGAAGAUGCGGCGGCCGGCGAUGCGGGGGGCGGAGGGGGCGCGGCGCCGGCCAUCGGCGGCGGGGCGGGCGGCGGCAGGAAGGCGGGCAAGCUGGGCGAACAGAUGAAGCACUGCGACGCCAUCCUGAAGGAGAUGCUGUCCAAAAAGCACGCCGCCUACGCUUGGCCCUUCUACAAACCCGUCGACGCCGAGGCCCUGGAGCUCCACGACUACCACGACAUCAUCAAACACCCCAUGGACCUCAGCACCGUCAGGAAAAAGAUGGACAAAGGCGAGUACAGCGACCCUCAGAGCUUCGCCACUGACGUCAGGUUAAUGUUCUCCAACUGCUACAAGUACAACCCCCCUGACCACGAGGUGGUGGCCAUGGCGCGCAAGCUGCAGGACGUGUUCGAGAUGCGCUUCGCCAAGAUCCCGGACGAAGGCGUGGAGGCGUCGGUUCCGUCCACGACGCCAUUGGUUAGUAAAAGCACGGCCUCGUCCGACAGCAGCAACAACUCCUCCUCAGACGAGUCGUCUGACUCGGAGGAGGAGCGCGCCACGCGAUUGGCUGAGCUACAGGAGCAGGUUGGUGCUGCCGGCCAGUCCCAGCUGAAGGCGGUGCACGAACAGCUGGCCGUCCUGUCGCAGGCGCCCGUCAGCAAGCCCAAGAAGAAGAAGGAGAAGAAGGACAAGGACAAGAAGAAGGACAAAGCCGACAAGGCCGCCGCCAAGGCCAAGCCCGACGACGACAAGAAGCCCAAGGCCGCCGCCCAGCAGCCCAAGACAGCCAAUCAGAAGAAAGCGCCGGCGCGCAAGGCCAACAGCACCGUCACCGCCGCCAGACAAGCCAAGAAGGGCGCCAAAGCGGCGGGGGGCGCCUCGGCCAACGGCGACGACGGCGGCGGCGGGGGCGAGGAGUCGUCCUCUCUCCCCAUGUCGUACGACGAGAAACGCCAGCUGAGUCUGGACAUCAACCGGCUGCCCGGAGAGAAGCUGGGCCGCGUGGUACACAUCAUCCAGUCCCGGGAACCUUCCCUGAGGGACUCCAACCCCGACGAGAUUGAGAUCGACUUCGAGACCCUCAAGCCGUCCACGCUCCGAGAACUCGAGCGCUACGUCAAGUCCUGCCUGCAGAAGAAGCAGAGGAAACUCAUGCAGAAGCAAGCCGGAGGCGGGGCCUCAGGCGGCGGGGCGAGUCGUUUGAGCGGCAGCUCGUCUUCCUCGUCCGACGACAGCUCCUCGACGGGAACGUCCUCGUCCUCGGACACAGACUGAACACACACACACACACACACACGUAUAUAAAUAUAUAAAUAUAUACACAAGUACACACACACACUGAUGUAUGUAAAUAAGCUGACCUGUUUUUUUUAGCAUCUAGUCUUUGUUUUUUUUUUUUUUUUUUAAUUUUGUUUUUUGUUUGUGGAGGAAAUCAAAAACUGGGACGGAUGACGCGUUUGACUUUUGCAUCACGGCGGCCCGUCAGAAGAUCAAAAAAAGAAUCGGAAAUAUUUCACGUCUUAUCGACUUGCCUGACGGAAGGUGCGUUCAGGGAUAGCGGGACAUCAGAGUGUUUCUUUGAGAAACGGACUCUCGAACGCUUUCAGCCAAUAAAAACCCUUUCUGACGUCGCCGGCCGGCCGAGCCCCGCCCCUUCCUUCAACCAACACUACUUCGCUCACUUCCUUCAUGGACUCUGUACCACUUCCUGUCGGGAGCCCCGCCCCCUCCAAACGCUCUGGUUUGAGGGGAGGGGAGGGGGGGUGGGGGGGAAAUGUUUUUAGCCUUUUAAAUUUUUGCAUUCUUAAUCCAUCAUUGUUUGGUCAGAACAACCCUAACCCUCACCCACCGCGAUGACAUCGAGGACGACGUUUUCCGGGCGGUCGGGCCCGUACGGAAUUAUAUCUGUGCUGUCGGAUUUGCAAUUGCAAUUACUGACACUGAUUCUUCUUCUUUUUUUUUUUUUUUUAUGACCAUCAAUAUAUUCACUGCACUUUGCAGCUUCAGAAAUUGAACAUUCAGCUGCAAGUUGGGCAUCAAACCGCCACUCGGGUCGCCCAGGGCCAAAGCCGUCGUCUGACCGCAAAACGCGAUCGGCUGAGGUCGGAUGACGGCUUCGACCCGGCGAGUCACCAGGACGAGACGAUUUGAUGCUGAAUUUUAGAAGCUGAAAAGUACAUUUGAAUAGUAAUCAGAUUCCGAAUCGGAUGGCACAGAUGGACUUCCAUACGUGAUGGGCGGCCGGGCGGGGGCGAGUUUGUUUUUAGUUGCUCUACUAGUUGAUUUUGUAUUUUACUAAGAAAAAGGAAAAGAGUGAUUUGAUGUGUAUGCAUGCACUCCGUCGGGCUGUACGUUGAGCACUGUAUAGUAGCUUCCUGUAUAGUAGCUUCUUGUCAAGUAGCUUCCUGUGUAGUCUCCGUGCUACACGCGUGUGCUACGCGCCAACACACGAGAAGAAGCCAGAAGAAGAAAAGUCAUUUGGUGUAAUUACUGAUAUGGGAUCCUUAUUUUCUGACUUCCUUUCUUUUCAUAAAUAAACACAUGAAGUGA